AAUCCAAUGAAAACGCGUUAUGAACUGUUUCACUUGCUGUAGUAGAUAGUUGUAACCAUGGAGAUCGUUAAGCGUGUAGAUAGGCGGGGCCCAAGAGGGCUAUCGAUAUGAACAUUAGAAAUAUGUAGACAAAUCGUGUCAUAUAUGAGUAGAACGUCGUGGGCAACCCAUAUUUUUCACAGAUGAACGACAAUUACUGAUAAAUUAGAUUAUCUUCUUUAAAGAAAUUCAUACUCAUCUACUGUCUUCACCAGGGCGGCGGACUUGUCAUUAUGCUUGCAUCAGAAACUCGGAUCACGAAAAGUUCUCAUGCUAUGGCAAGAGUAUCUAAAACACACUCGCGGAAGCCUGGAAUUCCUGUGGUCAACCACACGAUCAGUGCUAAGGGCAAAGGCGAGAUAACAAGCGUUAAACCAUCUGACCUGAAUCGCGUGUUACGUCUCCUCACGGAUCCUUUAACCGUCUCUUUAAAAGACAGACAUUUAUUCACUUUGAAGAAGUUGGUGAAGACAUAUCAAAAAGGAUUUCUUUUGAGAGAUCUUGAAAGCAUCUUCAAAAUCGUAGGUAUCUGCGCAGAGAAGUCCAAAGACCACCCGGAAUACACCUCUAUAUUAUAUGAGUUACUUAAGAUAUGUGGACUACCUUUCCUGAAAGAGAAGACUUCAGAUGAGGUGAAAUACACAGAUAUUGCAAAGCAGUCACUCUCUCAACUUGGUUACCUGAUGAGAGUGCCAAACGCUGAUGUCAGACUGCAGAUCUGUGCCUCCAUUUCAUCCUUUUGCAACUCUGCGAAGACUAAGCCACCAGGUACAGGACUGCAGCCGUUGAGUUUGAGCUCCAGGCUGCAGCUGCUGGAGCAGAGUGGGGUGGCAGAGACGCUGGUCCUGUCCCUGGUCCUGCUGGAAGACCAGCUGGCCAAUCGUCUGCAGCUGCUCCAUACUCUGCAGGUCCUCUCCUGCACCUCUGAGGUGAACUGUGAGUUGAUGCUGAAGGCCCAAGCUGCUCAGAAGAUAUGCCUCCACAUGAACGAGCCGGACCCGUCUGGCCAGGUGCUGUUCCGCUCCUCUGAGAUACUGUGGAACCUGCUGGAGAGGGGCUGCUCCCAGGAGCUCACUGACCAGCUCAGCAACAUGGACAGUAUCCUGUGCCUGAAAGAGGCCUUUCUAAGCCAGCUCCAACACGGCUAUAGAAACUAUGACCACCAGCUAAGAAAUGAUCUUCUGGUCAUAACAACUCUAAUUGCAGAGAAUCCCAAAGCACCACUCAUUGAGAGUGGGUUUGCCCGGCAACUCAUCCUUUUCGCUACCUAUCCAGAAAUGAAGAGCCAUAAUCCCCUCACCCGUAACCUCAAGUUGACCUUCAACAAUGAAGACUUUGAGAUGAAAAAGCUGCUGCUGAACAUAGUGGUUGUGAUGUCACAAGAUUUAUCCUCUGUGCAGCUUUUUAGAGAGGGUAAAGUCAUGCUGGCGUUGAUGUACUUGGUGAAACCCCCCGACACAAUUCAGUCCAGUGGCCGCAGUUGGACUCCGGUCCAGCAGGAGGAGCUGCAGCUGCAGGCUCUGGCCACCCUUGCCACCGUGGCUCCACUGAUGCUGGAGGAGUACAUGACCUGCCAGGCCAACACCUGCUUACUUAUGCUGCUGGAGUGGUGUGUUCAACAAGAUGCUUACUUCGGCCAGGGCCACAGUUUCCAUGGUACCGGAGGAAGGGGCAGUAAGAAGGCUCAGCUGCGCUAUAGUGUGCGUCUCCUGAGAUCCAUGGUGUCGCUUGCCAACCUGACAGUUAACCAGGACCUCUGUGACCAAGGAGCAAUAAGCCUAUUAUUAGGGCUGCUGAUGCAGCUGGGUGGUCCUGAUGAUGAGGAUGCGGUUACCCUGGAGAUCAAAGUUGACCUCCAGCUCAUCCUGUCUACACUCUGUGAGAGUGACCUACACAGGAAGGAACUCUUUGGCACUGAAGGAGUGGACAUGACUAUCCGUUUUCUGAAGAUGAACCCAGCCAAGUUUUACAGUGGCAUGGGCCACAGCAGGCUCAUCCUCUCCACUGUGGACUGUGUUUGGUCCUGUAUCAUUGGGUGUUUUACCAAUGAGGACGUGUUUCUGGAGAAAGAAGGGGUUUUCCUUCUUUUUGAUCUCAUUCAUUCCAGCCCGAUGACGCUGCACGGCGUGGUGUUGGGGGCGUUGCUGGAGCUGUGUGACAACCCCAAAGCACUGACCCACGUGCACGGCUGGCGGGGCCCAGGAGGCGCGAGCGCCCCCCACCUGCUGCUUCAGCUCUGGAGGCAGGAGGAGGAGAUGCUGGGGGUGCAGCGUGAUCAGCACGGCCAGAUCGCAGACCCCGUCCGGCCCCUGGUGCACGCUCACCAGGAGGAGCAGGCGCAGGUUUCCACUCCGGCACACACCCCUAGCGCCGCGGUGGUGGACGUGGCGGAGAACCAGCGCUGUAAGAUCUACGGCUUCUUCUGCAAACUGGGUUUUGAGGACCUCCCUGGACUGACGACAGAAGACUUCAUCACUCUAAGCAUUGUCAGCAGAUAUUUGGAUUUUAAGACGGGCGAGAUCUGGGAGGAGAUCUCACGUGAGCUGGCACUUGAUGGCGUGCGGCCAGUUACCCCAGACGCAGAGGCCUUGGAGACCAUCUCCCAGGCAACGGAGGACACAGCAAAGAGAGUGGCGGAGCAGCAGACUGCCAUCCUGCAGAGACAGGGGGAGGAAGAUACUCAGAAGGAGAAGGAGAUGUACGCAGAGAUGAGAUCAAAUCACAAACAGCAGGAACUUACAGCCAAGUCCUGGGAGCACUUUGUGGCAAAGACAUCAGACUACAAGAUUUUAAAGGAGUGCAAGAAGCAUCAGGAGAAGUCCAUUGAGUCGUCACGCUUAAAGGCAAAGGGAAGGGACAGUGGCACCCUUUACCACCACACCCAUAUCCCUGGGCUGCAGACCACAGCAUUCUGUGGCCGGGUGAUGGCAGUAGAGAGUACCCCUGCACACCUGACCGGAGGGCCCCUGGCCAGCACAGAUCUAGCCCUCGCCAGGGUCCCCAUACAGGGGGGGGCCCUGAGGAAACUCCCCCAAGCCACCGCACAAGACCUGGAGCACCUCAACGCUGUCACUGUUCAAUAAAGAUCACCUCUUUUUCUACCAUAAACCAUUUCUUACUGAGUGUGAAAUCAACACAUGCAUAUUCUGUACAGGCAAAGAUUAAAUACAUACCAUUGUAAAGGCAAAUGUUGCAAACGUUUUGGUUAAAUGCAUAGAUAUGGUAGAUAUAUAAUAUUAUGGUAGUAUAUUCAUGAACACUCAGGACAUUUAUUGUUAAAAAAUGUAUUUCACAAGAGCUAGAUUUGCCUGGGUUAACACGGCACAGAGUACUCUAUUUAUUCUGUGUUACUCUGUACUUCAUAAAAUGCAUUAAUCAAA